GUCCAGUGUGCAGUAGAUGGCAGUAGGCAAAAUUUUUUUCUGCCUUUCUGUUUUUCGACAUUUUGCGACUGUGAUAGCCUAAACAGAACUCAAAAUGUCUAUCCGACCGGUCUAUCGACCCAAAAUCGUGAAAAAAAGAACAAAGAAGUUUAUUAGGCAUCAGAGUGAUAGAUAUAAUAAACUCAAGCGCAACUGGCGUAAACCAAAAGGUAUCGAUAAUAGAGUCCGCAGGCGUUUUAAGGGCCAGUACUUGAUGCCUAGUAUUGGUUAUGGUAGCAACAAGAAAACGCGUCACAUGUUACCAACUGGUUUUCGCAAGGUGCUUGUACAUAACGUGAAG